AUGGCAACUAAGUUUUUCAUCCUAUUGGCAGUGUCUUUGCUGGGUCUAGCCCAAUCGGAAUACAAUUAUAACGAAAAGGCAGCCGCAGCUGUCAACUCAUUGGAACAGCAGCAGCAGCAACAUUCAUCGAGUUCGGGUGAAGAUUUCCUAACAGGAUACCAUACACCUAGCAAUAAUGCGGAUAAUUCUCAAGCUACUCCGGAUGGUUAUGAUUAUUUGAUACCAUCUCGUUCACGUUCGUUUGCAGCCGGCGGCAGUGUUGGUGCCGCCUUGGCCAGUCAACACGCCUCCAAUCUUUUACAGAAUGCCGCAAAUGCUGCUUCUGCAACAACGGAGGAUCUUUUGCCCUCACCUUUGCCCAUUCUUCGGGAACAUCCGCAACAACAACAACAACGCGAACAAGUUCAUGUACGUGAAGUCUUCCCGCCAGCUAGCUAUAAUUUCAACUAUGCCGUUCAUGAUGAGACCACUGGCGACAUUAAGGAACAUAGCGAGACACGUGAUGGAUAUGUCGUUCGCGGCUCUUAUAGUCUUGUAGAUCCAGAUGGUUAUAAACGCACUGUCACCUAUACAGCGGAUGAUGUUCAUGGUUUCAAUGCGGUUGUGAAACGCGUUCCCUAUGCCCUUAAGACAGUCGCAGUGGUUGCUCCGGUUGUCCGCCUAGAUGAACGCUCCAAGCAGGCGCAGCUUGUUAACUCAAACGCUCGAUUAUCAUCAUCAUCAUCCUCAUCAUUAUCCUCAUCAACUCCAACUGUUGGGGUAGCCAUUGGUUCUGGUGCCGAAUCGAGUUCCUCCUCCUCGAUUGAUAGCUAUGCCGCAGCUCCACGUGGCCUAGACUCAUCGGGUGGACCUUAUGCCUGA